CCGCAUCAGAUUUCUUGCGCCAAGAAGGACGGGGGUGCGCACUACACUGCUGCGUGUGAGCGCGAGAGCAGAGGGUGAAGGAGCUGUACCGAGAAGAGACGCUGCAAAGAAAUACUACGACGCGACGCGAAACAAAGCCGCCAAGUUAAGAGCAACUAUGGAAGGAGCGAUGCUGGGACGGUUCGGGAUUUGCUGCACCUUGCUUGCUGUAGCGCUGCAAGUAUGUUUGGCUACUGUCAAGGUCACUGUGACUCCAAAGGUGGAAGUGAUUAAAGGAGAGACUGCCAAACUGCCAUGCAGUUACACCAUCUCUGCAGAAGCUUCUGAGAUUGUGGUCCAAUGGUUCAUUGAAGUUACAGGUGCAAGAAAGCAAAUUGCUUACAAGUCUUCCCAAGGUUUUGAAGUUGAUGCUGGCACACCAUUGACAGGUCGCUUAACCGUGGGAGAGGACUUGUCCCUCACCAUCUUACCAGUCAUGGUGGAAGAUGAGAGAAGCUUCUUCUGCCAAGUGACCGCAGGGGUUGUGGGGGUGUCUGAAGCUGAGACCCAGGUCAAGGUUUUCUUUGCUCCAGAGAAGCCAGUGAUAACAGACAAUACUCAGGCCAUCACUGUCAGUCAUGACACUACAUCCUCCUCUGAGGUGGGCAAGUGCACCAGCAGGAACGCUCACCCUGAGCCUCGUAUUAUCUGGUUUAAAGAUGACACUCCACUGCCUGACGAAAAGAGCCAAAAGGAAAAAACAUACAUGAUACUUAGUUCGGUGAAGGAACCCUCAGGCCUGUACACCAUGACCAGCACGCUGUUCAUGCAGCCGGUUAAAGCUGAUGCUAAAUCAGUCUUUCACUGCACGGUGGAGUACAGCAUGCCAGGCGGCCUGAACAAACAGGAGAGCUCUGAUAAAUUCAGCCUCACUUUGCUCUAUUCGACAGAAAAUGUGUUCUUUAAAGUGAAGAAUCAGGGGCCAAUCAAAGAGGGGGAUGAUGUGGAGAUGGAGUGUAAGACUGAUGGAAACCCUCAGCCAGAGUUUGAAUUUUAUAAAGAGGAUGUACAACUGAGGACUCAUGACCAGAAAGGCACAUUAUAUAAAAAGAAUGUCUCUCGAAAUGACAAUGGAACCUAUAAGUGUGAAGCUCUGGACUUUGAUGCCUUAGAAGAUGUCCAACUUAUCAAAACUCUACCCUUACAUGUGCAUUAUAUGGACCCUGUGACAGUGACUCCAGAAGGCCCCUUGAUUGUUAAUAAAGGAGAUGUUGUGGAGCUUCAGUGUAAGACCAAGUCCUCUGAUGCCCACACCAUGCAGUGGAAAAAGGACUCAAAGGAGUUGUCAAAAAAUGGUGUGUUGACUAUCCAGUCAGUUACUCUGGCUGACGCUGGUGUGUAUUUAUGUGUCGGAGCUGUACCUUCAGUGCCAGGUCUCCAGAAACAAGCCAAUAUCACCCUUAACGUCAAAGGUCAACCUGAGAUUGAUUCUUCAGUGGAUGGUUUUUCUGCAAAGGCGGGAGAGAAGGUCACUCUCAACUGCUCUGCCCUUGGCUAUCCUGCUCCACAGUUCACAUGGAUACCUUCUGGUAAAGAGUCAGUGACUGUAGUGGGGAAUAGGGUGAUCAGCACAGUCACUCUUGAAGCCACAGAUGCGGUUCUGAAGGAUGGUGUGCUGUGUGAAGCAUACAAUGAGCAUGGAAAAGUCAACAUGAAAUUCAUGAUCGACAAAUCAGAUGCAGACAAAAGCCAAGAUGCCAAUGCCGCUAACCGAGGAAACCCCGUGUUUAAAACAGCGGAGAAACAGCAGGGGGGUUCGAGUGCGGUCGUGAUCGCCGUGGUGGUGUGUGUUCUGCUGCUUCUCAUCAUGGUGGCUCUGCUCUUCUUCCUCAGUAAGAAGGGCAAGCUGAGCUGUGGGAAAAAGGACAAGAAGGAUGUGCCAUCUGGGGAUGUGAAAAGUGGUAUUGUGGUGGAGAUGAAGUCCAGUGAGAAAGGCAAUGAAGAGACUGGUCUGUUAAACAAACCACAUCCAGAACAGUGUUAAAAUGAAGAAGAUAAGAGACAAAUAAGAACAUGAUCUCUCCAGAGGCAAAGAGGAUGAUGUGGUGGAAUUAAGAGUGCUCUGAUGGAGGAGAAGAGAGAAGAUGGAGGACCGAAAAGAUGAAUUCAUUUUGGCUGUACAGUUUUUUUUUUUUUUUUGGAGCCGGGGUGGGGAGUUGGGAGGUUUGUAUGAAGGGGCUAUGGUGUUGAACUGAGGGUGGGUUUCAGUUUAGAAGUGGGAGGGGCAAUAAAUGUAAAUCUGCGUUAUUUUGAUAAGGGUUUCUACUGUGUCCUGAUUGUGUAAUCAAGCCAAUAUUUGUCCAGUCAGAAUGACUAGGCAAUACGACUCUAAAGUGUGCUUAAUGCAGCUUAGUGUUCAUCUACCCAAAACAAAUCAGAAAAGUCACUGUGGACACUGGGGGUUGCUCUUCCUACUGUGCUGCACCCUGAUUAUGUUGAUUAGUUCAUGUUAUUGAAUAGUGCAGUACAGACUCUUUUUUGCAUUACAGUGCACUCUCUUACUGUGUACAUUUUUGAUUGUGAACUGCACACAUGACAUUAUCCUGAGUAGUAGACCCUACAGACCACUAUACUGCAUGGAGCAUAUGAAUGUGUCAUUACAUACACUGUCCGGCUGUACAUUCAACACUGGUGAAAUGAUCAAACUCUGUUAUUCAUAUCAGCCUUUGUAUAGUCAAACAUUUGUUUUUUGCCCAUAAUUUAGACCAUGUCCUAAAUUCCACACGAUAAUGUCCUAAAACCAAAAGCCAGUGAUGGCGCAAAGAAAGAAAGAGUGUGAGAAUCAAACCAUAUAUCUGAAUGGACAGACCCAUUAGCCCAAUAGCUCAAGUCUGAAAGUUGUAGAAGUGGUUCACAACUAACUCAAUCAUCUCAUUUCCUCUGCACUGUACUGAAUUCCACUGGACAGCUCAAACAUGUUCAAAGACUUUAACCUAACUCUGUAAUUAUUAAACAUGGGUUAGUAAUGGGACAGGUCAGACCUAUCUUCUGGGUUUUUGUCUUUUAAAAUGGCUCCCGAAGCAUUAGUUUAUAUAUUCUCACCUUAACUUUUCUUUUUGAAUGAUUAAAGUGCUAAAAAGUGAUUGGAAAAUAUCUACUGAAUGAGCACAAAUCUAAAUUUUCUUUUACCAAUGCUUUUAAUAUCACUAGGUUGGCAUUAUUUAUAUAUUUAGAGAAACAAAUCAAAUUAAACACCUUCAGCCUUUUUUUUUUUUUUUUUUUUAAUAAAAAAACUUAAAAGUUGUUGCUCUGUGUUUAGCGAAACUUAUACUUUAAAAGCAUAGUUCACCCAAAAAUGAAUUAUGUCAUUUACUCACCCUCAUGUAAUUCCAAACCUAGAGGACUUCUUGAGGAACACAAAAGAAGGUUUUAUCUGUUUUUGUGCAUAAUUAAAGUUAGUGGAGUCCAAACAACACCAGAUCCCUGUCAUUUUCAUUGUAUAAACAACAACAAAACACAUUUUUAAAAUAUCUUCUAAAAUAUGUUUGCGAUUACAUGAGGAUAAAUGAGUAAAUUAUGACAUAAUUGUCAUUUUUGGGUGAACUAUACUUUUAAAUUCUGAGAGCAAGUAGAUAAACAAGAAAAAUGUAAGGGACAGAACCAGAAUUUUUCCACUGCUGUUACAGAGUGAUGAUCUUUUUUGUUAUUUAUCAAUAUUGAUAUUCAUUGCAGCUUUCAUUUUGUUUGUUUUUUUUAAACCAAAAUUUGAACAUAGGGUGUAAAAACAAUUUCUUUAAGCUUGUAUGUGAUGUUCCAGGGUUUUGUGUUUAGCUUAUAUAUGUAUUUUGUAUCUUUCUCAGUAAUAGCACACUGUUGUUCAGAUGGCACAGCUGGAACAUUCUAGAAUCACUAUGUUGUUGGAACACCCUGUCAUUUUUUCCCAGGCCUUAAUGUUAAACCAAGCCAUGGGCCUUGUUAUUUGCUUCAAAUGAUAGAUUCACAAUCUGCUAUUCUUUGAGUCGGGUCCUCUGCAUGUCAGAGCAACACCCAGGGACAGUUUUUCUAACAUUUGUGCAAUUUCUCAAUAUGGCCAUAGACACACAUACACAUACAUUCAGUGCUUUUCUGUUCCAACAAAACAGUGAUUCUAGUACAACUGAAUGAGGUUAAAGAGAGGACUGAGGAGAAAUGAGAUAGAUAGAGGGUGAGAAAGGGUUUUGCUUGGAUAUAACAUUAUUUUUUUUUACCUACUGAAUCUUUGUGUGUAGUUGAGUGUUAAUGAAUCUGUAUGUAUUAAUUGUCCACUAGACACAUGGAACAUGAGCUAAUACAUAUCUGAACAUCUCACACACUGGAAAAAGUAUGAUGGCCAGUUUGUAAAGGCCCCUGUCUCAGACUCCUCAUGGAAUAUAUUUUACUUUUUAUUUUAAUGCUAUUUUUCACAUUUAUUGAUAUCAUUUUGCAAAAUGUAGUCGUAUGUUCUGUCAAUGCAAUGUGUGAUUUAGAGUUAUGGUCAAUAUUUGCAUACCAAAAUAUUUGAACACCAAUUUUUUAGAAUAUUGUGAAAGAAAAAACUUUUCUUAAGGAGGAUAUAGGCUACAUGUCUUAACUACUGAAUGAUUUUGCAAAUUUCGCUGAUAAGAAAGAAGUUUUGAAUAAGAUGUCAUACUUUAUGGAUGUCUGCAGUUGCUUGUGUCCUCCAGGUCUACUGUAUAUUUUGUGGUACACAUUUGUGAACUUUGUAGCUUGUCUUUUUCUGAUUGGAACUGUGUAGAGUUUAUACUGCCCAAAAAAAAAAAAAAGCAACAACAACAACAACAAAUCCCAAA